GGGAGCCGGACGAGCCCUGAUACCGACGGCUGCACGGCAGCAGGGGAGCCGUUUGGCGGAGACACAGGGCCGCUCAGAGGCCGCCGCGAUGCUCCCCUCUUUGCAAGAGUCGAUGGAUGGAGAUGAAAAGGAACUAGAGAGCAGCGAAGAGGGAGGCUCAGCCGAGGAGCGGAGACUCGAGCCGCCGUCCAGCAGCCACUACUGUCUUUACAGCUAUCGCGGAAGCAGAUUGGCGCAGCAACGAGGGGACAGUGAGGACGGAAGCCCAAGUGGCACAAAUGCAGAAACUCCCUCUGGUGAUGAUUUCAGAUACUAAUCUACCAUCCGAAGUGGAGCCAGAGCUGCGCAGUUUCAUUGCUAAGCGUCUUUCAAGAGGUGCAGUCUUUGAAGGGCUGGGUAAUGUUGCAUCUGUGGAGCUAAAAAUUCCAGGUUACCGAGUUGGUUGUUAUUACUGCCUUUUCCAAAAUGAAAAACUGCUUCCUGAAACAGUAACAAUAGACUCUGAACAUAACCCUUCAGAAUAUGUGGUCUGUUUUUUAGGAGGGUCUGAAAAAGGACUUGAGCUUUUCAGGCUUGAAUUGGACAAGUACAUUCAAGGGCUGAAAAAUAACAUGAAUUGUGAGGAAAGGGGCCUGGAGAGUCACAUAAAAUCCUAUCUGAGCAGCUGGUUUGAGGAUGUUGUAUGCCCAAUCCAAAGGGUUGUUCUUCUCUUUCAGGAAAAGCUUACCUUUCUGCUACAUGCCGCUUUGAGUUACACUCCUGUUGAAGUUAAAGAAUCAGAUGAAAAAACAAAGAGAGACAUUAACAGGUUUCUGAGUGUGGCCAGUCUUCAAGGACUUAUUCAUGAAGGCACCAUGACUUCUUUGUGCAUGGCCAUGACAGAGGAGCAGCAUAAGUCUGUGGUCAUCGAUUGCAGCAGCUCCCAGCCUCAGUUCUGCAAUGCAGGAAGUAACCGGUUUUGUGAGGAUUGGAUGCAAGCUUUUUUAAAUGGUGCCAAAGGAGGUAACCCUUUUCUUUUCCGACAAGUACUGGAGAACUUUAAACUAAAGGCCAUACAAGACACAAACAAUUUGAAGAGAUUUAUCCGACAGGCAGAAAUGAAUCAUUAUGCUUUGUUUAAAUGUUACAUGUUCCUAAAGAACUGUGGUAGUGGAGAUAUACUUUUGAAGAUUGUUAAAGUGGAACAUGAAGAAAUGCCUGAAGCCAAAAAUGUGAUAGCUGUCCUUGAAGAAUUCAUGAAAGAAGCUCUUGACCAAAGUUUUUGAUCAUAUGUUUUGAGAUAAUUGUAUGAUCAAGUUGUAUAUUUAAGUCUUAGUGUUUGAAAUUGCAGUUAUAAUUGUUCAUAGGAUUGCUAUUUAAGAUGAUUUGAAACUCAAUCCAGAUUUUCUUUUUGUAUUUUACCAAUUUAACUUAAAUAAAAAUCUGAGGAACAUC